CCUGUUUCUCGUUAGUCCUAUAAAAGAAGGAACGAUAAAGAGGCUGAGAGUCCCAGAAUUCAAUGGCUUCGUUGGUGUCUGCGUAACGAGAAAACGAGCCAUAUAAAACAAAGAACAAGCUGAUUGAAAGUCGAACAAGAUUCUUCCGACCAAGAGUGUCGACCGUCGGCAUAGUAAUUGCUGGAGGAGAGGAGACAGUACAACGGACGAAGAGGAAAGAGUUAAGAUGUUAUCUCACGGUUUGAUAUCGGUGAUCGGACGGCGAAGAGUGAUGGAGGAUGCGGUGAGCGUUGCAAUCGGUGAUAUUAAGGGAUAUGAUUUCUUCGCGGUGUAUGACGGGCACGGUGGGGCUCAGAUGGCAAAAAAGUGUAGAGAAAGGUUGCAUGUGAUAAUACGGGAAGAGCUGAAGAGAAGGAAUAGCUGUAAUGGUGGGGGGGUUGAGUAUUGGGAGGAGCUGAUGACUGCGUCUUUUUUGAGGAUGGAUGAGGAAGUGAGUGUCGUCGAGGAGGAGGAAGGACCGACGGUCGCUGAAAUGAGGACUAUGGGGUCCACCGCGGUGGUGGUGAUGGUGGGAAAGGAUGAAUUGGUGGUGGCUAACUGCGGGGACUCGAGAGCCGUGUUGUGUCGUGGUGGCGUGGCGGUGCCAUUAUCUCGUGAUCAUAAGCCCGACAGGCCUGAUGAGAAGGAAAGGGUGGAAGCCGCAGGAGGUAGGGUCAUCAACUGGAAUGGUAGCCGCGUUUUAGGAGUUCUUGCUACUUCAAGGUCAAUAGGAGAUCAAUAUUUGAAGCCAUAUGUGAUCUCUGAACCCGAGGUCACUGUGAAUGAACGAAACGAGUCAGAUGACUUUCUGAUAAUAGCAUCUGACGGAUUAUGGGAUGUUGUGUCAAACGAACUUGCCUGUGAAGUUGUAAGUAGAUGUCUUAAUGGUCAAUUAACGGCAAGGUUUUCAGAUGAUUGUAGUGAAACUUCUGCUGCAGAGGCAUCGACAUUAUUGACUGAGCUGGCUAUGGCUCGAGGCAGCAAAGACAAUAUCAGUGUUAUAGUGGUUGUGCUCAAAAGCUCGAGCAAUAUUUCUUGCAAAGUUCUUUCUUCUUUGCUUUGAGCUUAUGCUGUCAAAAGGUUUUCUGGAUACUUGUACACAUAAUUUUAUCUUUAUAUUAUUUUGCUCUUACUAAAAUCCUAUUAAGAUAUGUGCUAAUUAAGAAUCAUAUCGAUCUGGUGAAAAAUCUUGUUUUGAUGCUUCA